AUGUUAAACUGCAGGCGAACUGCAGGCGAACUGCUGCGGUUUGCAAAGGAUGGGGGACGCUCAUUGUGCCACGCUUCAGACGGUGUGCAAGUGCUGCUAGGCGAGGAGUUGGACCAGCUGUUCGAUUCCCUGUUUUACUACAUUUCAAUGAAUGUUGCCGAACGUGUACAAAGGAUAGUAACGAUGUCGCAGUACACAUUUACCAAUGUACAAACUCAGCGCCUGGAAAUCACCCGCUUUUUGCAGCUAGCCGUGGGCUCUGCCGGAAGCAUGAAUUACAAACACCUAAAUGAAACAAUGCAGUUGCUGAUAGGCGCUCUGCCGAGGCUGCCCCAUACUCUUGCCAACGACAAAUGGAAUCGCGCUAAGCAGAACAUGAGUUAUGAACUGUUCCAUGCUAUACUUGAAUGGCGCUGGUUGUUGCUAUUGUUGGCAAAAGAAACGCAGAAACUGAAGGGGGAAAUGCAAAUGACAGAAUCAACGGAUACACAAUCGGCAGCACCGAAAAAUACAGAUUCGGAAAAGCCAGAAAGCGAAGACGUAUUUAAGCUGCUGUACCGCCAGAUGAUGAUAGAUUUGCUGAACCUAGUGUUUCAGCGUUUCCCGAUCAACGACAAAUUGCAAGAGAUCGUUGGCCAUUCCCCCAAUCAGUGCCAGUGCUUCUGCCUCGUAUGGCUUGGCAUGAUGGCGUUAGCAGAGCAAUCCGACGGGAAAGAGAGCUUUUGGGGCUGUUUACACGAUAGUGUCCCACUCGUGAUCAGUGAUUCAGGAAUUCGAUACCUAUUUGAGCUAUGGCUUAUCAAUAGCUUGGCGGAACUAUGCAACGAAUCAAUAUUCAGGCAGAAGAGCGCUACUGGCAAAUCACUGGAAGCGCUAGCCCCCAAUCCUGCCAUCAUUGACAAGGUGCUGGAAGAGGCUGUUAAGAUCGACUACACUGAGCAGCAGAUGCGAAUAGUUUUGCUGCUACUGAUACCAGUUGUCACCGACCUAUGGCCGGUAUGGUCGGACAUAGUUUCUGCAGUGUGGAAAUACUUCGCCUCACGACUUAAUUCACAGUUUUUGCUCAACGCCGAAUCCGUAGCAAACAGCGCCUGUGCUAGUUCGUCAGUGUUGAGUUUUAUCGAAAAAGCUCAGGCUGUAGCUGUAAAAGGAAAGGUGUUUCCUCGGUUGGGCUUCGAGACUGACAGUCUGCGCAUGUUCAUUGCUCUGAUAACGUUUACAAUUCGGCAUUACACGGACGAAGCCAACAAAAGGAAGGUUCAGAUCAUAUUUAAUCGCACUGUGAUAGGCCUGAGUCCGAAUAGGUACAACAGCAUGACGGAACAGGCCAUUUACAAUCUCGGCCUGUUAAUAACCGCGAUGAUCAAUGCGACCAGCUUCAAGGAAGACUACCCUCGCGUAUCCAAACACUUACAGAUGAUACCGCUUACGGGUGGCCUCAUCGACUCAUCAGUAGAUGUUACUAUCAGGCGCAUUGUUAUGGCAACCCAAGUACACAUGGCGGUGCUGGUGCGAUUUGGAAGCUCGGAUUAUAACAAAACGGCUCAUCUACAGGGUUUCUUAAAGCGCUUCGGAGAAGCACUUGAGAAGUAUGGUAAACGAUUGUUGCCAGCAUUGACUCUAAUGGCAGAAGGGAUGUUACUACUGUACAAACAGGCUGAAGAGAGGGGAUCGUAUCUUCUAGGGGAAAUUUGCUUGAUCGACUCUUGGCUUGAGAAAUAUUUGCUUUGGACGCAAACCGGCUGGUAUAAGCAACUUAAUGCAAUCGCAACCGGUAUGCAGGUGGCGGCAACGACUGAACAAUUCACACCAGCAAUAAUGCAGCACAUAUAUCCUUUCGUGAAGCAACAAUAUUCGCGAACUCGUCCAGCCGCACCAUGUAUCAGCCACAUUGCUGCCAGCGUAACAAUAUCCGCGGGUUCCAAAUUCAACAAUUUCUUCGAAACUUUCACGCUCUGUCGAACGGCCCAUCCGGAGCAGCGACUCGAGUAUGUUACGCGUGUUGCGAUGAGCACUCGAUUGGUGGAGCUGAACGAAGAAGAUGUUAUUAAACUGUGGCUGCGGCUGGCCAUGGUUUACGACAACAUAAAAAUGAGGAAAUUUUCCCAGAUUGUUUGCCAAAUGGACCAAUUCCAGGCGUUAUGCGAAAUUCCUGAGUGUGAUCUACUAAACUCUAAUGCUAUGCCGAUCAAUCUGUUCUUUCGUUCCGUUCGCGAAAGGUACCGCAAGACACGUGUGAACGAGAAGUCUGAGGUCCAGAUUAAAUUUAACCAGCUCUUCCGAAAUGUUGGCACGUGGAUGCCAGAGACUGGUGUUGUCUUGCGGCAAAGGUUCCUCGAGGCACUGGUGUCGGCAUUAAGCGAGUGUCACGAAAUUUUCUACGAUCGUUCUUGCGCUGGCUGUAUGUACAAUAUCGCUUUUUAUCACUAUUUCUUGCCGCCUACGGUGCAGACAGAGCAAGACAUACCACUAGAGUAUAUUGAAGCUAUCGCAAAGGUCUGGCUUCAAGUACUGGAAGUAUUAAGUCAGAUGGAAUACACCACUGAUCCUCUGGUCAAAGACAAUUUCAGAUUAAUGUUCAUCAAGUGGUUACCGCAGUUCACGAAACUACACACGUCGGCCGACAAGCUACACCCGUUAGUGCAAUUUUUUUGUUGUGCAAAUGAAACGAUCGUCCGGAGGGGAAUGGUAUGGGUCCGCAAUGAAUUCGUGAAAUACAAAGCGGAAAAGCUCAAUGCAAGUAAACGACAAGGCAUGCUGAUGGUGCAGCGGUUGCUGGACACUUUAAUUAAAAUUAAGAAACACGAUAAACUGGCACUAUUCAUUAAGCUGUUCGGUUACCUAUUAUUGGAGCAUGCGUUCAAUAGUCAGGAGUACGAGGCAGAAAGGAGUUGGGAGAUACCCAUCAAGAUGGUGUACGAAAUACUCGCGUGUACAGGACCAUUCGGUGUAGUACACCAAGCAAUGCGUGACGCGUUAAAUAAGUUCACGUGUAAGUAUCUACCUGAUGGGCAUAGUGCUUUUUUCGUAUUCAUGCAAAAAUUGACGGAUAAGAAUCCAGGAUUCAUUCGCUUAACCGUCGAUAUGUUGCGUGAGGACUUGAUAAACUCUGGACGCUUGACAGAAAGGGAUCAAAUACUACGGAACAAAUUGCCUUAUCUUCAGACAGAAAUCGCAGAGAAAGUUAUUAACCAAAAAGUAUAUGAUGUUGAGUUUGAUGAAUCGUUUGAUGGUGUUCUUUCGGAGGAUGAAUUCUAGGCAAUGGUGGCUACCAAGUAAGCGAAGCGUAUUGUAAAUUCUUUUUUUUACUUUUGUAUUAUAUUAUUAGAGACUUUGAGCUGU